CUGAAUGACUGAUUAUUUUGAGUGAAAACUUCAAAACUGAUGACAAGUUUGAAUGCAAUUUAAAUUAUGAUCUAAAUGAAAAACAGGUUUUUAUACCAAAGAUAUAAAUCAAGUGUUAAUUCAUUGAAUGAAUAAUUAGUUUCACUUUCAAUGCCUUUACUUACGAUCCGUUAAUCCAAAGCUAUUUGAGAGUCAAUUGAAUCGCAACCCAAAUGUCGUCCAAAAGCAGGACAACCAUUGAUUUCUUGUGUUUGGAUGAACUGACACUUGUCUUAAGACAUCUGAGUGUCACUGAGUUGUACCACUGCCUCCAUGUCUGUCCCCAAUGGCGCCCAACUAUCCGCCAGUUGUUGUCCACCCAGAAAUCGGUGACCCUUUGCCUCAACGACAUCAGUCACUACACAAAUGAAGAAUUGAGCGAAAAAUGUGAUAAUAAGCGCCAUUUGGCCGUCAAUUCAUCGGUGGGUCGACUCAUAAAGAGCAAGCAAUCCCUCCUCAGCGCCAUAACUACUCCUAAAUUCAAAGACAUUCAAAACGAUUUGUUCCCACUUUUGACUGACUUUUGUCCAAACAUUCAGUCACUAGAUAUCAGUCAGUAUUUAAUUGGUGUGUCAGACAUGGAACAGAUCUUAGCUGUCUGUCCGCGACUGCAAUGUCUUUAUGUGUAUUCAGAGGACAGAGAUUGGAUCCAAUUCUUGAGCCCAACCACUGCUGGACUCAAACACUUUAGCCUCAAGUUAUCGUCGGAGACCCCCAUAUACGGGGUCCGCGAAACACCAUUUGAUGUCCAGAAAUGCCAAAUGAGUCCACAGAUUGAAGAUUUAGUGCUAAUAAGACCGCAUAUUAAUGCCAUUAAUUUGGAUAUUCUGUGCCGUUAUUUGCAAUCAUUUGGCUGUCAAUUGAAAAAACUUCAUUUAAUUCCCGGACAUAAGAUAAGCGCCAAUCAGUGCUAUGAUCUGAUCCGAGCGAUCGCACCAAAUGAAUCCAACAUAUCAUUGGUUAAGAACUGGAAUAUUAAUGUCUUUGUAUUCAACGGCUUAUUCAAAGAGAUGACCACAAAGUUACCAAACAUUGAGACACUUUAUCUUCACUUCAAUACAGAGAGCGAACAAAACGAUUCGCUGAAGAACCUCAAGAAACUGAAGGAAAUUUAUUUGGAUUUUAACUCAAAUGUCAACGAAUUUGCUUUCGACAGCUCAGAGGCUGAAAGCGACGUCCAAUUCAUUGAAUUAUUGCCUAAAAUGCCGUCGACUUUGACUAAAUUAACACUAUAUGACGCAACCCUUUCUCUGACAGCCUUUUUGCAAGCAAUCACUUAUUUCCCAGAUUUACAACAAUUAGUGUUGAAUUGGGUUUACAUUGAGAAUAAUGACAUUGAGCACAACUUUUGGCAGGUGAUUUCCAACUUUAAGAAUCUCUGGUCACUGACAUUGGAGUCAACCAACAUUACCGAUGAGGGCUUGGAGGCCUUGAUUGGCAGCGAUUCGUUAACUACAUUAGAAUUAGUCAACUAUAAGGGCACCGCUUCCGCACAUACACUCAUCGAUUCAUAUAAAGUGAUUGAAGUGUUUGGACAGUUAGCUACUCUUAGACCCGACCGUUGGUUUCAUUUGCGUCUGGAUGUGGAUGUGUUUAAAGUUAACCAUCAAAUCAGAGCAAAGACUCCACGAAAUGUCAAACUCGUUAAUAUUGGUUACGAAAAAUAAUUAACUAAAGCUAUUUGCUUAAUAUACAUUCCAC